AAUAGUUAUCACCACGGUAUCUAGAGAUCUAAAUUAGUGUGGAAGACAAAAUUUCCCUAGGUUGCUCUUCCAAAGUUCCCGUUGUCAAGUCCAAACAUGAAAAAAAAUAUUUAAAAAUGAAAGACUUUCAAAUAAAAGUUUAAAACAAAAGAUCUAGACCUAGACAAAUUGAAAUACUUAUAAUAAAAACUUACUUGAUUUAUAUACUUGAAUAUGGAGCCCACAAAUUGUAUCAAAGAAGUUUUAAGAGCUGCAAAUCAGUAUACUCAUAAUAAUGGACAGCUAGCAUAUCUGCUUCGACAAUUAGAGGCUCUUCAGACAAUAUCAUCAAGAUCAAGUUAUAUUCGUCAGCUUCAUUCUAUAGAUCUUGUGGAAUUGGCUGACUGUUUGACAUUCCUUGUAGAUGUAAUAAGGGAAGAGCAUGGACAGAUCGAAUUGAUGCAGCGGGUCAUAAAAAUUUUGCUUAACUUUUCUCAUGAUGAUUAUGUCAGGAAACUGUUGUUUGAAACAUACAGUCUCCACACACACUUAGCAGCAGUCAUUGUUGCCUACAGUGGUUUGACAGAAGAGGAAAACACUUUAGCAGAGGCUCUUCAACUACUUCAAAGAAUAACAUAUGGUUAUCGUAUUGACUACUAUCAACCUAACAUGGAUGAUCUUUUAAAGUUCAUUAUAAACAACAUCCUCAACAACACAGAAGCAUUUAUUUCUUCGUCAUUGGGGACACUAGCAAAUUUGUGUAGAAAUAAUUUCCUAGUGCAGUCAACCAUCAGAAAUAUGUAUCAGUCUGAUUUUAAGAAAAUAUUAAGAGCUCUGUGCAACUUUUUUGAUAAUCAAAACCAAAGCUUGGUUAUUUUCUCACUUCGUAUCUUCACAAGCUUAUGUUUGAAUGAAAGUGAGGGACAAAAGCUUUUCUUUGAGAGCAAUAAUGUGGAACAGACUAUGCAAGCAAUAUUUGGCGUUCUAAAAAAUAGCUUUAAGACAGUGGCAUGGAAAUAUGCUGCGGACCUACUUACAGAUUUAAUUCGACACCCACAAAUGCAGAUCUGUAUAAACAAAUAUCGCCAUUUAUCAAAGUGUAUGAAAGAUAUCCUCUUGUUAUUACCUGCUGGCUCAGAUGAAACUGCUGCUGAGAUGUUUGAACUUCUUCUCAGUCUCUGCACUGUGCCAUCUAUUCGGCAAUGUAUAAACUCAAGCCUUUUUACACCACUGGCCCAAGGAAAAGUUUCAGCAACAGAAAUGUCAGAAGUCCAACAAACUGCCUUAAAACCUGACACUAACAUAUUAUUGUGCUGUAUACAUUGGGCAGCACAAGAACCGAAUCUAAGAAGCAGAGCACCAUGUUUAGCUUUGGAUUUUCUUUUUGAAACUUGCCAAGAUAGUAUUUGUAGUACAGAAAGCUAUCCAGUUCAUUUGUUGACUCCAGUGUUUACAGAUUUUCUAACCCGACCAGACCAGACAAACUCUCCAGAAAAAACUGUUCGUAUCAUCAAGAUUUUAAAUGUGUUGUGUUCAAAGAAACAGAGCAAAGAUACAAUAAGCACAUUAUUAACACUAGAUAGUAUGGCCAACCUCCUCGAGAAACAGCUGUCUGCUGCAUCCUCAUACUUACCAGAUAGUGUAGAAAGAGAAGAGAGUACUCAGUGUGGACUAUUAACUUUGGAUCUUGCAUGGAAAUUACGGAAAUGUAUUCAAGGACUUUCAGAAUGUUUGAAGGAAGUACUGAAGUCGCCAAGAAUGAUGAGCUUAAUUGCUGUUGGUCUUAUGUCUACAUGUCAAGAUCAUGUAGAAAUUGCAUUACGGCUUAUGUGUUUUGUCAUGGGAUUUGAAGAUGCCACACCCGACAUAAGCCUAUGUGGUACAGUUGCAUGCUUAAAUAAACAAAAAGAGUCACUAAAACGUAGCAGAAAAAAUAGUGAAACAAUAGGAAAACAGGCAAUAAUUUCCAGCAGUGUACUUGAAAGCAAGGAAAACAGAGUCCAACCACUUACUAGCACAUCUUAUGCCCAGGUGGAAAAUAAAAGCAAAGGAAAUUCUAAGAAUGAAACAAGUUAUGAUAAGAAUGAUUUAUCAUUAGAGAGUUUAAUUGAAAAAAUGGAAAGCAUUAUGGAGUCAAAAGAACCUAAAGUAGUAGAAAUAGUUGAAGUUUUUGAGCAUCAUAUAAAAUCUCUGCAGAUAAAAGAGGAGCAUCUAAAUAAUCUGCUGGAGGCCAAAAGUUUAGCGCUUACACAAGCUGAUAGAGUAAUUGCACAGCUUAGAGCUACCAAGGUUUCCCAUUCUGCUGAGAUGAAAAAGCUACAAAAUAUUUUGAAAGAAUCAGAGAGGAAGACGGAACACAUCAUGUCACAGAUGAAUGAAGCAAAGAUAAAUGCAGAUAAAAUACAGGAACAAUAUGAAAAACAAUUAUCUAGUUUUAAGGAAGAAAUGGAUGCCUUGAAUAAAGAAAAAGAUGAAGCAACUGAAAAAUGUAUGGAAUUGGAAGAGACUAUAAUGGCUUGUAAAAGAGAGAAUAAGACAUUAUUAAAUAUGAAGGAAGCUCUGCAAGAAGCUCAUGAAGUAUUGAAAGACCAGUAUGACAUGUUAUCUAACCAGUGCAAACAACUAGAAGAAGAGAGAAAAUCUUUGUCUAAACAACUCAAAGAAAAAGAUGCUUCAUUACAAAAAAUAAAUUCAACAUUGCAAGUACUACAGAGUAAGUAUGAUGAUACUGAAAAAGAACGUUCUGAGCUUGAAAAAGAAAAAGAAGAUAUAGAAGCUUAUGUAGAUAAGUUGAGAAACCAACUCAGCACAAGUGAAAACUCUUGCCGCCAGCUACAACAGAGGGCAACAACCUUGGAGGGAAUCAACCAAGAACAAGUUGAGAAGAUAAAACAAAAAACUGAUAAAAUAUCUGAACUGGAAGCUGAACUAGAAAAGCAUAAUCAAAUUCUUUCUUUUAUUAACAAUAUGCAACUCAAAUCAACAGGAAAUAAAAAAUAAACUAAAAUUGUUUAUACAUUAAUCCUUGCAAAAAUAAAACAUUGUUCUUUGAAGCUAUACACUGUAUAAUCUGUAUAUGUAAUUAGCAUUUUGAUUUUUAAAACUGCUGUUCAGUAUUUUGUGUAGGUGACCAUGCAUCAGAGCUUACAUUAACUGACAUACUGGAAGUAAAAAAAAUAGUGUAAAAUGGUGUCUUUUAAAACUGUUCAUUGUAUAUUUUUAAUUGACAAUUAAACAGGUCAACACUUGAGUUUAUGCUUAUUUAUUAGUUUCUCACAUUUUCCUACAAUUUUGAAUUAAAAAACAAUAAUCAGUGAGUGGUGGUAUGAUUAUUUCUCAUUACAAAUAAUCGAUAAUGCAGAAUAAAUUAUUUGGCAGUCCUUGUAUAUUUCCUACAGAUAUCUAAAUGUUUCAAUAAUUUUAUUAUGAAAAAUUAUGUAUUAGUUGACUAUGUUAUAAAGAGUUCUGCCAUGUUAUGAGAUCUAUCCUGUUUGUAAAAAAAAAACCUAAGUAGGAUUAUAUAGAUUAAUCUGAAACUAUUCUAAUUCUCAACAAAUUUUAGCCUUUUUUAAUAUACAAUGUACGAUAGGUUACACCAGUAACACCUUUUUAUAUGGGUUAGCUAGAAUAGUAAACUAUGCUUCUUAUUAGUCCAGUAUAGUGUUAAGUCAAACUCUACUACCUUUUAUCUAUAUGAACCAUGUUUUGUUAAAUGUAAUGUGUUUAAAAAACAUUUUUUUUUGUUGUUGAAAAAGAGUUAAUUUAAAAUUUGAAUUCAACAGAUUAAAAAUAUGAAAAUGAUUUAUGAAGUCUAAAUAUUACUUUGAAGUUACAAUGAGUGAGCAUUACUGAAAUAUUCAUAGUCAAAAUAUGAAUAUUUUGUAGAUAUGAUUUCUUAAACUACAGUGAACUGAUAAUACACUAACAUUUCUAAAAUGUUUAUACUUUUAUUAUUGUACUGCUUAUGAAUAGCCGAAAUAGUAGUAGUGAUAUGAUAAAUGUAAGAAUUUUAACUUGUAAAAAUUUAUUAGGAAGGAUGAAAAAAAUAAUUGUUAUAUAAAAUGUACAAUUGUAAACAAUAUAUGCUUUUGGAAGCUUAAUACUUAGAUAUUAAACUUAAUAUGACAAAAAAAAAAUUAAGCAAAGGAUUCUUUCUGGAAAUGUAAAAAAGAAAUUUCAGCAUGCCCUUUAGUAGGCACUUACAGAAAGAGUAAAAUAAAUUAUCUUAUUAAAAAAUUAACAAGUAAAUUAUGAAAGUGAGGGUCCCAUAUUUUUAUUCAUUCAAGUCAUAACCAAACAUGAUUACAAAUGUUUCAAUAUUAGUGAAAUUUUCUUUUACUUUUUAGCAUAAAAAACAGAAAUUUAAAAAUCUGCAUCAUGCUUCUUAAAAGCACACCAAU